CAUGAUUUAUGUAGUUUGUUUAUCGAUGGACACUUUUACAACAGGAUUUAUGAAGCUGGGUCGGAGAACAACACAGCAGUUGUGGCCGUAGAAACUCACACGAUACACAAAAUUGAUGAAGGGAUUGAUGCAAGUACUAUAGAAGCUAAUGAGGAUAUGGAAAUUGCUUAUCCCAUAACUUGUGGAGAGAGCAAAGCCAUUCUUCUUUGGAAGAAGUUUGUAUGUCCAGGAAUAAAUGUGAAAUGUGUUAAGUUCAAUGAUCAAUUAAUCAGUCCCAAGCAUUUUGUUCAUCUGGCUGGCAAAUCCACCCUGAAGGACUGGAAGAGAGCCAUUCGUCUGGGUGGAAUCAUGCUCAGGAAAAUGAUGGACUCUGGACAGAUUGAUUUCUACCAGCAUGACAAGGUUUGCUCCAAUACCUGCAGAAGCACCAAAUUUGAUCUUCUGAUCAGCAGCGCCAGAGCUCCGGUGCCAGGACAGCAGACAAGUGUGGUACAGACACCCACUUCGGCUGAUGGUAGGGGAAUGCUGAAGGAUGUCAAAGAGGACACUUUGAUGUUCUGGAAAGGAAUAGCUGACGUAGGACUGAUGGAAGAGGUCGUCUGCAAUAUACAAAAGGAAAUAGAGGAGCUACUCAGGGGAGUUCAGCAGCGGCUCAUCCAGGCACCAUUCCAGGUGACAGACUUGGAGCGCCAGUUGGAAGAGCAGAAGAAGCAAGCUCAGGAUCACAGACUAAAAUCGCAGACGGUUCAGAAUGUGCUACUGAUGCCUGUGAGCACUCCUAAACCUCCCAAAAGGCCCAGGCUACAGCGGCCAGCUUCUACCACCGUCCUGAGCCCUUCGCCUCCUGUCCAGCAGCCUCAGUUCACAGUCAUCUCACCCAUCACCAUCACCCCAGUGGGUCAGUCAUUUUCCAUGGGUAAUAUUCCAGUGGCCACCCUCAGCCAGGGUUCCAGCCCUGUGACUGUCCACACACUGCCUUCUGGCCCUCAGCUCUUUCGCUAUGCCACCGUGGUCUCCUCUGCCAAGAGCAACUCACCAGACACAGUCACCAUCCACCCUUCGUCGAGCUUAGCACUGCUAAGUUCCACCGCCAUGCAGGAUGGUGGCACCCUGGGUAACAUGGCCACCAUGGUGAGCCCUGUGGAGUUGGUGGCCAUGGAGUCUGGCCUGACCUCGGCAAUCCAGGCUGUGGAAAGCACCUCGGAGGAUGGGCAGACCAUCAUUGAGAUUGACCCUGCCCCAGACCCGGAGGCCGAAGACAAUGAGGGCAAAGCGGUCAUCUUGGAGACAGAACUGAGGACUGAGGAGAAAGUUGUGGCUGAGAUGGAAGAACACCAGCAUCAAGUCCACAAUGUUGAGAUUGUGGUUUUGGAGGAUUAACUGGGGAGACUGGGGCCAGGAAAUAUGUUUUUUGUUUUAAAUUUUAAUUAUUUGUUUAUUUUUA